GACCGGAGAAAUUUCACCGGCUCAGAACUCACGGAGACACCCGAGGAGACCGACAGUCGCCCCGGACAGCGAGGAGGGAGGCCCCCGCUGACAGACGGCUCCCAGCUGCGGACUCAUUUCCACGUGAACGCACCUCAGCCGGAACUCAAUGAAGGAAAGACGCUCCGGGCAGAAGUCCUCUCUGAAGUCCAGCAUGGAUGCGAGUCAGAGCGUAACGUGCAAGAUCGUGGUGGUGGGGGACAGCCAGUGCGGGAAGACCGCGCUGCUUCACGUGUUCGCCAAGGACUGCUUCCCGGAGAGUUACGUUCCUACAGUGUUUGAAAACUACACGGCCAGUUUUGAAAUUGACACCCAGAGGAUCGAGCUCAGCUUGUGGGACACCUCAGGGUCUCCGUACUACGACAACGUCAGGCCCCUCUCCUACCCCGACUCGGACGCCGUCCUCAUCUGUUUUGACAUCAGCCGGCCCGAAACGCUCGACAGCGUCUUGAAAAAGUGGAAAGGAGAAAUCCAGGAGUUUUGUCCCAACACGAAGAUGCUGCUUGUUGGCUGCAAGUCGGACCUGCGGACUGACCUCACCACGCUGGUGGAGCUCUCCACCCACCGACAGACGCCCGUUUCCUACGAUCAGGGUUCCAACAUGGCGAAGCAGAUCUCGGCGCCGUACAUCGAGUGCUCGGCACAGCAGUCGGAGAACAGCGUCAGGGACAUUUUCCACGUGGCCACACUGGCCUGCAUCAACAAGAACAACAAGAACGUGAAGCGCGGCAAGACGACGCGCGCCAACAAGCGCAUUUCGCACAUGCCCGGCAGGCCCGACCUGGCCGCCGUAGCCUCGGACCUGCGGAAGGACAAAGCCAAAAGCUGCUCGGUCAUGUGACUCAGUCUGAAGGGCGAGGACGGCGCUCAGUGCAAGCGGGCAGCGAGGGGGCGGAGCCUGCAUGCCAUUCGCCCCUUGGAGUCUCGUACCUGGAACUUAAGCGCCAGUGAGAAGUUGUGUGGUAGCAGUCCUCUCCUCUCCCAGCUGGAGGAAGCCGUCAGUCAGCGGGAGGCGGAUGCAGCCGAGGCUUUCCUCCAACAGGAAAUGAGGAGUAGUGAUGUCAUCGCCGGACGCUCCCACGUCUGGAUUCAGGGAGGUUUUUUUUGUGUUUUUUUUUGUUUGCCGGAUCAAAGACUUUCCAACAGCCUAUCACUGUGGUUUGGAACUGAACCUCCUCCCUGCGCCUCCUCCUGCUCCCGAUGAAUUCCCCGUCGUGUCAGUGAAAUGUGAAAGUGUUCGUCUUACUUUGAUGGAUCCAAUCCUGAAGUUCUGCGUCGGAUUUCCCUCCAAGGUCGUUUUGGACCCAACCACGAACAUAAAAGGCCUUAACGUCCCCCUUUUUCUAGAAGACACGAGUUCAAAAACGAUGCUGCUGACGCUAACGGGAAAGGGCUCACUGGUGUUGGAAUUCUAACAAAUCGUUGUGCCUAUGGCGUCCUCGGAGGUGCAUUGGUCCAAAUGUAGACGGUCCGGUGCUGGUGAUGGUUUCCUUUUGCAUGUUAGUCGGCGUCUUUGACUAUGGAGAAUCCAGGACGGCUUAGCCGUUCCUCGAAGGAACGCCGCUGUUGGGCGGAAAUCCUCAUUAAAGCAGAAUCGGCUCUCACACGUGAAAUUUGUUGGAUUUGUGCCUGCAUUCUUGGCGUUUUCACCAACAAAAGCAUCGUGGGAAAAGCUCAGCUGCAGUUCUUUGUAUUUGUCGGUGAAGUUUGAUUUAAUGCACAUGGACUUGAAAUGGAUGACUGUUUUUCCUGGACUGUUUUCUCAAUGUAAAUCCUUUUCUUUUUUUUUUAUUAUUAUUAAGCCUUUUUUUCCUAGACUCUUUGAGUUUUGCCUUGAAUUUGGUGCAAUUAAGCUGUUCAAAUAUCACUCAUUGAUGCACUUUUCAAAAUAAGAUUCAGUCAAACCGUUGGCUCUCUCACGAUUCUCGUCUUCAAUUGUCCCGUGUGUGUCCCCUCUGUGAGUGCAGUUGUCUUGAACUUUGAUUUUUGUCUUUGCUGAUGGUGUUGCCAAAAUAUUUAUUGAAUUAUAUAUUUUCCCUUUAGAAUAAAUGCAGAUGAAAUGAAA